AUGCUUUCGUCCGGUGCGGGAUCUUCCAUACGCAAGAAGCGCAACUUCAAGGGGCUACAACUGGCCGAGUCACCUCUCGCCAGUCCCGUCGACGCUUCGGCUACAACACCAUCACACAAACCAGGCGAAGGCUCCGCCGCCUCAAAUGCAUCCACCAUCGGCAAAUCCUCUGCAGUGACGCCGGGCGGCUCCCUUGCACUCCCGGUCAAGAAUGGUCUGGAUACAGAACCCAACUCGGGAGCCAAUUACCACAACAAGUUGACGCAGCAACUGGCCAACCUCGAACUGGGCGUCGAAUACAAGCUUGACUUGAAGAACGAGGACCUCAAGACGCUCUCGGAGCUCGGCGCCGGUAAUGGCGGAACUGUCACCAAGGUGCUGCACGAGAAGAGCGGAACCGUGAUGGCCAAAAAGGUGGUCUUCAUCGACGCCAAACCUAGCGUACGCAAGCAGAUCCUACGAGAGCUUCAGAUCCUGCACGAGUGCAAUUCGCCCUACAUUGUCUCGUUCUACGGCGCCUAUCUCAACGAACCGCACAUCUGCAUGUGCAUGGAGUUUAUGCAGAAGGAUUCGCUCGAUGGCAUCUACAAAAAGUACGGGCCAAUCUCACCGGAAAUUUGUGGCAAGAUUGCCGUGGCAGUCUCGCACGGCCUCACCUACCUCUACGACGUGCAUCGAAUCAUCCACCGUGACGUCAAGCCUAGCAACAUUCUAGUCAACGGUGCCGGUCAAAUCAAAAUCUGUGACUUUGGCGUAAGCGGAGAGCUCAUCAACAGCAUUGCAGACACGUUUGUUGGUACAAGUACCUACAUGUCGCCUGAGCGAAUUCAGGGAGAUCAGUACAGUGUCAAGUCGGAUGUAUGGAGCUUGGGCGUGUCGAUCAUCGAGCUGGCGCUGGGUCGCUUCCCUUUUGCAGAGAACGAAGAGGACGACGACUCGGACGCGGAUAACAACUAUACGAACGAAGAUCUGGCGGGGACACUUUCACCGACCAAACCGGCACCAAUGAUUUCGCUCGGCCAAAACGAAAAACAGAGACGCAGAAAAUCAAAACCGGCCGGCGUAAGCCUCGAGGGCUCGAGCCAUCAGAUGUCAAUUCUCGACCUGCUGCAACACAUUGUCAACGAACCACCUCCCAAGCUGCCAGAGGGCAGAUUUCCCAAGCACAUGGAAGAGUUUGUCAACCUUUGUCUGCUCAAAGACCCGGCGAAACGGCCCACACCCAAGGACCUCACCAAGCACCAGUACGUGAUCGAUGCCGAUGCCGCCAAGGUGGACUUGCAAGCAUGGGCCGAUGGGAUGAAGUAA